AUGUCUCUCUGGUACUGCUGCGGAUGUAGCUUCGGCCCUCACGACUCAGCCCUUUACGUCGCCUGUAUUAGCUGCAGCGCACGACGCUGCUCAAUGUGCUACGAAGAGAAGGCCAACUACGCUGUCGAGGCUCAUUCCCACUCUGAUUCCUCCAGCUGCGGCCCUUCACCUUACCCAUCCGUGGUCGACUUCAACACAUCUCGCAGGAUGUCUCUCGACACGAAACCGAUGCUACCCACCCCUCCAAGCCUACCUCAGGUACAGUCCUUGAGGUCUAGCCUUCCUGCAUCUGAGCCGAGACUCUCGCUUGGUGAUUUCCAGGUGAAAACCUAUGAAACAACAUACAUGUACAUUUGCUGCGUGUGCAACGAUGGCCCAAAGGUCUACAACAUCCAACCAAAAUGCGUCAACUGCAACCACACAGCUUGCGGAAGCUGCACUCAAGUCAAGUAA